GAGGUCUCCUACACCUCAGCUGUGAGUGAGGCGUCCACGGUAUCCUCCAGGACCCCGAGGACAACACAUGCCACCCAGCCAAGCGAAACCUCCGCAACAGGGCUCACCCAGAAGUCCACAACCUUGUCGGGCAGCUCCGCGUCCCCAGAAACUGCUGCACCUCCCGACGUCACCCACACAGCAGCGCCGACUGAGGCCUCUACCACAUCCCUGAGCAGCGCCAUAUCGACACAGACAGCUCCAGCACCAGAGAGCUCUGCAACCACACUUCACACUCGGGAACCUUCCACAUCCCUAAGCAGCCCAGUGGCCACAGGAACAGCCGGACCCCCUGGGACCUCCUCCACCGCAGCUGUGAAGGAGCCAUCUACAGCCUACCCCGGGACCCCGGUUUCAACACUUGCCACUCAACCAGCUGAGUCACGGGGAACCGUGUUCACCCAGCAAUCAACAACCUCCCCAACCAGCUCAAUUUCCACGGGGACGCUGGUCCCUCCUGAGACCCCGUAUACUUCAAGAUUAAGGGAGGCCUCUACCACACACCCUCGGACCCCAGGAUCAACCUAUGUCUCUCAGUCCAGUCAAACAUGGAAAACGGGAUUCAUGCAAAAAUCAACGUCUCUUCCAAGCAACUCCUUAUUAACAGAAAGCAUUGUACCUCAUAACACUUCAGUUUCUCCUGUCCUGACUGUGUCUUCUAGCCCAUCUCCACGCACCUUAUUUUCUACCCUAACAACUCAAGUCAAUCCGACUUCCAAAGUAGUCUCCACUCAGCAAUCUACUUCUUUCCCAAUCAGCUCGAUUUCCUCAGACACUGCUGUCCCUCCCGAGGUCACCCACACUCUUUCCCUCUCUGAGACAUCUCCCAUUUCACCAGCCCCCUUCUUUUCCACACAAGAUACUCAAGGAACCCAGACAUCACGCAUAGACUUCACUCAUAUAUCUAUGACCUCUGCAACUACCCCAGUUUCCCCAGUAAGAGUUGUCCCUUCUGAGAUCUCACACACGUCAACCCUCACUGAUGUGUUCACGUCAUCGUCCAGCAGCUUUCUUUCAGCCCAAGUUACUCAGCCAAAUGAAACCAGCAACCCACCUGUAACCCUGAAGUCUACCACUUCCACAAACAGCUCAAUUUCCCCAGAAACAGCUGUCCCUCCUGACACCUCACCUCUCACAGCCCUGACUGAGGCAUCUACAACCUCCCCAAGGAACCCAAGUUUGGAACCUGGAACUCAACCAUCUGAGACUGCCCUCACAUCAUUCUUCACUGAGGAAUAUACAGUCUUCCUGAGCAGCUCAGUUUCCACAGAAACAACUGUACCUCCUGAGACUACCCACUUCUCAGACACGACUGAGCCUUCUACAAUCUCCACAAGAAGCCCCUUUUCCAGAGAUUCAGCUCAACCACCUGAUACCUUGCAAACAUCCGUCUUCACUCAGGAAUCUCCAGCCUCUCCAAGCAUCCCAAUUUUCUCAGAAGCUGCCAUCCCUCCAGAGACACCCUUCACUUCAUCCCUGACUGAAGCAUCUACAGUCUCUUUGAGCCCCCCUAUUUCAACAGAAGGAACUCGGACCACUGAGAUCUCCCAAACAAUGUUCUUACCUCAGGAGUCUUCCACCUUACCAAGCAGCCCAAUUUCAACAGAACCAACUGAACCUUCUGAAACCUCCCAUUCCACAGUCGAAACACAUGUGUCUACGGCCUCCCUAAAUGGCCGAUUUUCCACUGAGCUAACUCAAGCAACUGAAGCCUCCAGAACAGCCUUCACUCAGACAUCCACCCCCUUCCCGGGCAGUGGGAUUUCCACAUACAGGAGCCCUCCUUCUAUGAGCUCUCCAUCCACCACCAUUCCUGAUGAGUCAGCAUCCCCCAGGACACCAUCAUCAGACCCGUCCUCAACUGCUUUCACACCAGGACUCUCAUCCCCUCCCCACAGUUCAAGGUCACCACUACCACCAGCAUCACCUGACACGUCACCAGCCUCAGUCUCAUCUUUACCCAUUUUCUCCAGCAGCCCAAGUUCAGUCCGUUCCCCAACGUCACCAGGGAGCCCUGAAACCACGGUUCACGAUGCUACUUCUUUGCCACCUUCAUUUCCUCACUCCUCCUCCUUGCCGGUGCUUGACUCUUCAGCCCAGCCCAGCCCCCCUAGCUCUUCUCCUCCAUCCUCUACCUCCCUGCACUCCCCUUCCAGCAGCUCUUCUGCUCGCCCCCCUUUUCCCAGCAUAUACCCUACUUCCAUGAGGACUCAGGCCGUCUCUUUGCCAUCACAGGACUGCAACCACGGGAGAUGGAACGGAAGCCAGUGUGAAUGCAAGACGGGCUACACUGGCCAGCUCUGCGAUUCCAUCCUGUAUUCCUUCCCAAUAGAUAUCCCAAAUGUUGUCAACGCUACCGUGAGCAUGACAGUAAAGGUGACUGAACGGAACUUCUCAGAUGACCUGAGGAACACAUCCUCCCAGGCCUACAAGGACUUCAUCAACCUCUUCCUGAGCCAGAUGGAUAAAAUUUACGAGGGCCAUGACCUUCCCGAGUACAAAGAAGUGAUCAUCAAAGAACUGCUCAACGGCAGCAUUGUGGUGAAAAGUGAGGUGGUUCUGGAGGCGAACUACACCCCCGAGUACCAGACACUGUUCAGCAACCUCACCAGGGUCGUGAGAGCCAAGAUUAUGAACGCGACCAGAGCCAACGAGACUGACAGGUCCUUGUGUCGAAAUGCCAAACUGUGCUACAAUUCUAACUUCACCACUGUGCACACGGAGACUCUGAAGUUCAGCUUCAACCCCGUGGAGCGAUGCAUGCGGGAGGCUGCCAAGGACUUUGGCCAGUACUUCUACCCAGAGGUUCUCGAGGGAAGACUGACCUGCGUGAAUAAGUGCACUCCGGGGACAAAGUCACAACUCAACUGCAACCUGGGCCAGUGCCAGCUGCUCCGCUCGGGGCCCCGCUGUGUGUGCCCGAACACAGACACCCACUGGUACUGGGGAGAGGCUUGUGAGUCUAGAACCAGCAAGAGACUCGUGUACGGACUCGUGGGCACCGUGCUGGCAGUACUGCUGGUCCUUGUGGUCAUCUUGGCUGUGUUCCUUGGCCGGUCCCAGAAAAAGCUGCACAGGUCAAAAUACGACCUGUCUCAGGCAUGGCAGAGAGAAGCUUUCCCUGGAAUCUUCCGGAGCUCUGGCAUCUGGGAAGGCCAGAAUCUGAAAGAGGACCAAUUAGGCAUGGAGCAAGGGCACAGCCACUUCCAGCCAAACCUGCAGUGUGUGGACCCCAACACUGAGCUCAACUUUCAGAGGCCCGAGGUGGUGAAAUCAGCAGCUCCGUGAGAACAGAAUCGUCUAGGCUACCCCAUCCUGCCCCAUCCAGAUUCAGAUGAGAGAGGGCCGGAGUCCCCACCACAGGUUUUCCUGGUUGGCUAAGGCGAAACUGACACCAGAUCCCAAAGCUCUGCGUGCCUGAUCUGAGGUGGCCGGAGUUCGUCCGUGGUCACUGCCAGAAGACUAACCAAAGGAGCAAAGAGUCGAGGCCCGGGAGCCGGGUACCACCUCCUCCUCACCUCCACAUUUGAGGAACCCAAGGCUUCUAAACACUUUGGCAUCUUUGUCUGUGUGUGGGUUCCACCCCGCUCUGGAAUUCCCCCAUCAAUAAAGCA